AUGGUUUUCAAUUACAGUCGUACAUGUCAUUGCUUGGUUAUCUUCGCUUCUAUUCUCUUUCCAAUCUGCGUUCAGUCAACCUCACACUCUCCUCAAUCCCGCUCGUCCUCCCCAGAUUGGGAUGCGAUACUCUCAGUACCUAUCAAUGAAGAAUUGUUGUAUCCAUUUUCACAGUCAGAGUUUAUACCGCAUGAAGAAAUAGAACACUCAAGCUCAAAAACGGAAAUCAGUGCGAAUGCUGAACAAAAUACUGUUUUGAAGCCCAAGUCCUUUCCAUUUGUGAUGCCCGAGCAUGUUCGUGUCAUGGCGGUAAAGGCUAAGCCGUCAAGUUUGAGCCCGGGUCCUGACCAGAAUACUAAACAAAGGAAGCAAAAAAAAAUAUUCCGUAUUGCAGAUCUCACAGAGGAACAGAAGGAAGCAAGAAGAGUAAGAAUGAAGAAAACUAAUGCUAUAUACGAAAAGAAACGAAUGGAAAGAAUGAAAUUGCCUGAAAAUGCAGCAAUGCGUGAAAAAUUCCUCGAAAGGCGAAAAAAAGCAAAUCUCUCCUAUCGAAAAAAGUUAGUAAACGAAGUACGUUCAGGAACAGCAUCUUUGAAACGACAGCAAAGCUAUGUAAAGCUUUUGCAAAGGGAUCGUGUAAGACAACAAAGAAACAAACGUGCUGAUAAGAACUCUCAAGUUUCAUAA